CGUAUAUGUUUAUUUAGAUACUGCGAAAGGUAUUCAUUCGAUAAUGCAGUCAUCGGUUUCUAGCACAGGAAAAAAGACGGGACAGUUACGGUUGGAAGGCCUUUAAUCGUAUAUCUGCUCAAUCAGGAUAGACCUAGGACUACACAACCACAAAAAUAACAAAAACAACGACAACGACAACGUUGAACAACGGUUGUCCAGUAUACGGUGAGAUGGUCAUGCCAAGAAUGUCGGAGCUUAGAUUUGCUCAAUCAGGGCCGACUUGUCGCUAAAAAACUGCAACAAAAACUACAGUAACCUAUAAUACUUUAAAAUAAAUAAGUCGCAUUUGCUAAAACGCCUUAGUCCAGCAAACACGAACGAUUUGCGUGUGUGUGUAUGUACGUGUGUCAUCCUGGUAUAUGUAAUGAGAGUGGACUCAUAGAUGGAAUACACCGCUUUGACUAUUGUUACACCGUACUUUCUCGGUUUUCGGUUCAAUCCCACUUGUCAGUGGUUUGUGAAUCGUAGGAAAUAGGUAACAAAGGAGGAAGAUCUGCGAUCACCAGUUCGAUACAUUGUUAGGAACAUCUUGCCAGCACCACUAACAUCCUGGUCAUCAUGGCAAUGAAUUGUGACAUCCGAGAUAUUCUGGAGUUGGAUACAGACAAACCUUAUGAACCAGUCACUAAGAAAUCAUUGAUGAAUGACAAAAAAUGCAAGACCAAAAAAGCUGAGCCAACCUUUAAACGACCUGAGGGAAUGCACAGGGAACUAUGGGGCCUGUUGUGGACAGACAACAAAUACAUGAAGGAUACCCCACCAAUUCUACCGACUGACGUGAACCAGGGCUACAAACAGAUGAAGGCCAAAAUUGGCAGUCAGAAAGUGCGCCCUUGGAAAUGGAUGCCCUUCACUAACCCAGCACGGAAGGACGGCACCAUAUUCCUUCAUUGGCGCCGGGUUGCUGACGAAGCCAAAGAUUAUCCCUUUGCCAGGUUCAACAAGACGGUGGAUGUACCAACGUACUCUGACCUGGAGUACCAACAACACCUUCAUGACGACAGCUGGACGAGGCACGAGACCGACCACCUGUUUGACCUGUGCCGGAGGUUUGAUCUCCGCUUCAUUGUCAUUCACGACCGGUGGGAUCGCAGUAAAUACCCGAACAGAAGUGUGGAGGACAUCAAGGAACGAUACUACAACAUAUGUAACACACUGGUCAAGGUGAGAGCCACCCAAGGCCCAGAACCCAAAAUUUGGGUCUUUGAUGCCAGUCAUGAAAGAAAACGGAAGUUACAGUUGAUCAAGUUGUUUAACCGAACUCCUAAAUUGGUCGAGGAGGAGGAACACCUGAUUGCUGAACUGAAGAAGAUCGAACUCCGUAAGAAGGAACGCGAGAAAAAGACGCAGGAUCUGCAGAAGUUGAUAACUGCUGCCGACAGCAACAUAGACAACCGCCGUGUAGAGAGAAAGACCACAAAGAAGAAGGUCUAUCAACAGCAGAAACUCAAGGAAGGCAGCCUCUCUACUACGACCCCUGAAACCGGUGGAAUCAAGUUCCCUGAUUACAAACAGUCUGGAGUGACUCUGCGCAGCCAAAGGAUGAAACUACUAAGACUAGUAGAAGAAACCCUAUUUCUGUUCCUAAAGGAAUGGUAA